UUUGUUUCCUUGAUUUUAUUGUAUCUUACGUAUCUCCUCUAAACCCUGGUGUAUUUAUACACCGCGUCGAUGAAGAUUCAACGAUCGCGCGUGUUCAUCUGCUGCCUGCGCCCUGCUCUCCGUCUCCUCCCUGUCCUCUCCGUCUCCAGGUCCUACAAGGCUAUACCCAGUUCACGCUGCCACCCAACUCCAUCAACUCGCGUGAGCUCCUCUUCCGUCCUCCUCCGUCGUUUCAGUCUUGAGAACACACGUCGACAGCGGUUUCGAGCCGGCCGGUACCUGACGGCUGACGCUGCUUUCACAAGCAGUAGCGACGUGGCAAGAUCCUCCUGAGCGGGAGCUGAUGGACUACCACGCCGGCAAGAUCGUCCUGGCCGGUGACGGUGCUUCCAAAGGCAGCGGCAGGGACAUGGCGCCGCCGGAGCUGAUGGACGACCUCGUCGGCGAGAUCCUCCUCCGCGUACCGCCAGGAGAGCCCGCGUGCCUCGUCCGCGCCUCCCUCGUGUGCAAGCCCUGGCGCCGCGUCGUCUCCGACCCCGCCUUCGGCCGCCGCUACCGCGCGUUCCACCGAACAAGACUGAGAAUCAUAUGUGCUAGAGUGGCACUCGAUAGUCUCGUGAUUUCGUAACUUAGAGCUUUAUCAUGUAGCUUUAAAUAGAAGUUCAAAUCUGAGCCUUCGCAGUGGAGGAUGCGAGAACACGCAAUUUCUUACCGCUCAUGCAUUUGUUCAGUCCUGCAUAUGUGCUCGUUUUUCUAGUUUGCUCUGCAGCUGAAGCACGCCGUGUUGCGAUUCUUUUUGUUCCCUUAUUUUGAUGAUUUGAUUUAUAGUUUGAGACGUUCCUUUGACAUUUUGUCCAAUUCACCGAAGAAUGGAUGUAGAUGGAGACAAGUUUUUUUUUUCCUUCUCUUCUCAGAUGUAAGCUGACAAAGUAAGAUUUGGCGGCUGAUGAGUCUGGAUCAAUCUCUUCUCUAUCUCUCUGCUCUCUCUACUUCUAGCGUUCCGCGCCGCUUCCGCCCCCGUCGUUCCGCGCCGCCUCCCCGUCCAACCGAACCCGCUCAUCAA